AUGGCUCGGCCGAGAGACUCGCGCUCACCAAGUCCUGCAGGCAGCACCCACAGCUCUCGCCGUCACCGCAAUGAUGAUCGUCGAGCUAGGGAUCGGCGUAACGAUGGACGGGACCAUCGGCGACGUAGCAGAUCACGCAGUCCAGAUGUGAGAAGGCAACCACCUAACUAUGGCCGGUUUUAUUCUAACGAUCUUAUCCAUGAACAGCCCAGAAACCGCGACCGCGAAAGAGAUAGAGACCAUGGGCGAGAUCGAGAUUAUUAUCGACGGAGAGACCGCUCUAUAGACCGGCGCGACGACAAUUAUUACCGAGGUGGACGACGAGACCACCGCGAAAGAGAUCGCAGGAGAUCCCGAGAACGCUACGAUGAUCGCAAUCGAUCACCCGAUAGGCGACACAACCGCAGCCGAGAAGGUGAUCGGGAUGUGAGAAGGCGAGACGACUCCCGCAACCGCACCCCUGGGCGCCGUGAGGGUACGGCUGACUCCCUUACUCGCAGCAUCCGUGAAGAUGGUAGAACACAGAAGAUCUCACUUGGCGACAGUGGGAAUCCCGAUACUGAGGAGGUUCGAUUGCAGUCUCUCUUUCAUGAAAGUAUUGCUAAUGGAUGUCGAUUGCAGAAACCCAAGGCUGAUUCUGGACAGCCGGAGGUCAACAAGAAGGCUGAACGAUUAGCCAAACUUGAAGCGUGGAAGAAGAAGAAGGAGAAUGCGAGCCAGAAACAAAAAGAAGUAAACCCUAGCCAGACAAGGAACCUCUUGGCUGAAAUGGACAAGAAAGCGAGUGGGGCGUCCUCAAAAACAGUUUCUCCAUCAGUUUCUGCGACUGCUUCGCCGGCUGCAACACCGACUGUUGCUUCACCUGUUGUCCCAUACUCUGGCAAGUUUGACCCUAAGGCCAUCGCAAAGAAAUCGGCAGCUUCCCGGACACAUGAAGGCGUAAAACCAGCCUUGGGCUCUCUGGGGGGGCAGCCCGAAAAGCUCCCGGUCCCUGCCAAGCCCCCAGUGCCUGUAAAACCGUCUACCAGCGCAUCGGCUCUCCCUGCGAAUCGAACAAAAGCUAGUGGGUUUGGAUUCGUGAAGAAUAAUGCAGAAACUGACAAGCUCCCCACUAAACGGAAGCUUGACUUGGAUGAAGAAGACACGACUAAACGAAAACUUACUAAGCUUCCUGCCCUGCCCAUCGAGGCUGACGACACUCCAUAUGCCGAUCAGGAUGAUGAUGAAUCCGAUGGGGACAACUUCGCGGAGACUGAAGAGGAGGCCGCCGCUGCUGCUCGUGCAGCUCACGAGAGACGGUUGCAGGCAGAGAAUCAAAUGGAUACGGGUGAGGAAGAGUCAAAGACGACCGAAAUCCAGAUCAAUGGAGAUACCAUGUUGAACAACAACGCCGCUCAACCCGACAUCACCACACAGAUGGAGGUUGACGAGGAGGAGGAUGACGUCGACCCACUGGAUGCAUUCAUGGCUGAUCUCAGGCAGACAGACGUGAAACAACCGGCUAGGACAUCCAAAGCACAAAAGAUCCAGGAGCCGGAGGCUUACUUCAGCGACGAUGAAUAUGAUUUCAAUAAGAAGGACACGGGUGACGCAAACGCCUUGCUAGCGAUGACUGCGAAGCGAAAGAAGAAAGACAUUCCGGCGAUUGAUUACAGCAAGAUCGAAAUUGAACCUAUCCGCAAAAACUUCUGGGUCGAGCCAGCUGAACUCAGCCUACUCACAGAGGCCGAGGUAGCUGAUCUUCGCCUAGAACUCGACGGCAUCAAAGUCAAUGGAAAGGAUGUUCCCAAGCCUGUUCAGAAAUGGGCGCAAUGUGGUCUGACGCGACAAACACUCGACGUCAUUGAUAACUUAGGCUUUGAGAAACCUACCCCCAUCCAGAUGCAGGCUCUUCCUGCUCUCAUGUCUGGCCGCGAUGUCAUCGGAGUGGCGAAGACUGGUUCAGGAAAGACAAUGGCUUUCUUGCUUCCCAUGUUCCGACACAUCAAGGACCAGCCUCCAUUGAAGGAUACAGAUGGGCCUAUCGGAUUGAUUAUGACUCCAACACGAGAACUUGCAGUCCAGAUUCAUCGAGACUGUAAACCUUUUCUCAAGAUGAUGGGUCUUCGAUCUGUCUGUGCUUACGGUGGAGCGCCCAUCCGAGAUCAGAUUGCUGAACUUAAGCGUGGCGCGGAGAUCAUUGUGUGUACACCUGGUCGAAUGAUCGAUCUUCUAGCUGCGAACCAAGGGCGGGUUACUAAUCUCAAGCGAGUUACAUAUGUUGUUCUUGAUGAAGCUGAUCGAAUGUUCGAUAUGGGUUUCGAGCCUCAGGUCAUGAAGAUCUUCGCAAACAUGCGACCUGACAGGCAGACUAUCCUCUUCUCGGCUACGAUGCCUCGCAUCAUCGACUCGCUGACCAAGAAGGUACUCAAGAAUCCUAUCGAGGUUACAGUGGGCGGUCGUAGUGUUGUGGCAAAGGAGAUUGAUCAGAUCGUUGAAGUUCGAGAUGAGCCAUCCAAGUUCCUGCGUGUUCUCGAGCUGCUUGGAGAGCUCUACGACCGUGAUGAAGACGCCCGCACCCUCAUUUUCGUGGAACGUCAAGAAAAGGCCGACGAUUUAUUGAAAGAGCUUAUGAUCAAGGGUUACCCCUGCAUGUCCAUUCAUGGAGGUAAAGAUCAGAUUGAUCGUGAUUCUACCAUCUCAGACUUCAAGAAGGGUGUAGUGCCUAUCUUGAUCGCUACUUCGGUGGCAGCUCGUGGUCUUGAUGUCAAGCAACUCAAGCUCGUUAUUAACUACGAUGCACCGAACCACUUGGAGGAUUAUGUUCAUCGUGCUGGCCGAACUGGUCGUGCUGGCAAUACUGGUGUCGCUGUCACAUUCGUCACGCCAGAGCAGGAGAACUGCUCUGUCGGCAUUGCCAAGGCUCUUGAACAGAGUGGGCAGCCGGUACCAGAAAGGCUCGACGAGAUGAGGAAAGCUCAUCGUGAAAAGGUCAAAUCAGGCAAGGCCAAGGACACAUCUGGCUUUGGCGGCAAGGGUCUCGAUCGUCUUGAUCAGGAACGUGAGGCUGCCCGUCUCCGCGAGCGCAAGACCCACAAGGCCGAGGGCGAGGAGGAGGAGGUCAAGGAAGAUAAGAAGGAAGAGGAGGACGAUAAGGCAGAGAAGGCUCUCAGUGCGAUCCGCGCGGCAGCAUCAGGCGUUCAAGCCCGCGAGUCAGCAAAGGCUGAAGGCGCAGAAGUGAAGCCUACCCAACAGGCAAACAUUACUGGUGGAGUAAAAGACAAGUCCAAAGACCCGCUCGACAAGGUCAGUUCAGCCGUCUCCGCCAUCAACAGCCGCCUCGGAAAGGCUGGCCAACUUCGUGCUGGUCAGCCCAUCGACAACAAGGGCCCAGAUGCUGGUGCGUUCCAUGCCACAUUGGAAAUCAACGAUUUCCCUCAAAAGGCCAGAUGGGCUGUCACCAACCGAACCAACGUAGCCAAGAUCCUAGAGGCUACAGGUACAUCGAUCACAACGAAGGGCAACUUUUACCCACCGGGCAAAGAGGUUCCCGCAGGAGCCGAACCAAAACUGUAUAUUCUCAUCGAAGGCGAUACCGAGGUUGUGGUCGGAUCCGCUCUCAGCGAACUCACACGCCUAUUAAGAGAGGGAACAAUAGCUGCUGCAGAUGCCGACAGUCGAGCACCAGCCAGUGGACGAUAUACAAUUACCUAG